AUGACCCCGCCAAAGCCGAAUAAGCCAUUGUUACUGUACCUAUCGGCUGCACACGAAUCCCUAGGAUGUAUGCUCGCCCAAGAGGACGAUGGGGUCGAAAGAGCAGUCUAUUACCUGAGCCGAGGACUGACAAACACAGAAAUUCGCUAUACUGAUAUAGAAAAAAUGUGUAUAUGCCUGUACUUCACAUGUUGCAAGCUGCGAUACUAUAUGUUGCCGGUCGUAGUGUAUGUAUUGUCCCAGACCGAUAUCAUUAAGUAUAUCUUAUCAAAACCAUACCUAAGGAAUCAGAUUGGGAAAUGGGCGAUUGCGAUGUUCGAAUUCACCUUAGUAUAUGUUUCCCAAAGGGCGGUAAAAGGACAAAUAUUGGCAGAUUUCUUGGCCGAUCACCCUGGUAUUACCCUCAAGGAAGAAACAGUCACGUUCUGCGACAUCGCCAUAUGGGAGAUGUGGUUCGAUGGGUCCAGGACAAGCCAGGGGGCAGGUGACGGAGUACACAUCAUCACGCCCUUGGGGGCAUCCUACCAGUUGUCAUUCAGACUCCAGUUCGAAUGUACCAAUAAUCAGGCAGAAUAUGAAGCCCUCAUAUUCGGUUUCAAAAUUUUAGCCGAGUUGGGGGCAAAGGCGAUCAGCGUAAAAGGGGAUUCGUUGCUAGUUAUAAAACAAGUGACAGGAGAAUUCAAGUGCGAGUCCGAACUACUGGUACAAGGUAAACCUCCAGUUCCAUGCGAUAGAAAGGGAGACGCCGAAUCUUCAUACUGGGGGCAUCACUAUCGACAAAAAGCAAUUCUCCAUCUACCAGCUGGAUGUUACCCAAGAUUGGAGGGCCGAGCUCCUGAAGUGGUUCGAAAAACCAGACCCCACGAAUAG